UUGAAUUUUUGGGACAACAUCAGCGCGCUCGCCGGAGAAGUCAACAAGCCGGGGAAGACUUUCCCGGUUGCUCUGCUUGUCGUCGUGGCGCUAACGUGUUUAUCGUACCUAAUCCCUCUCUUUGCCGUCAUCGGGGCCGUCGAUGUGCCCCAAUUGGAGUGGGGAUCUGGGUUCCACGCCACCAUGGCGGAAAUGAUCGCCAGGAAAUUGCUUAAGAUCUUGCUCGGAAUCGGUGCGGGAUUGUCGGCAAUCGGACUUUACGAGGCCCAAUUGAGCAGCUGUGCGUAUCAUAUCUUGGGGCCCCUCCACAAAUUCUUCGCGGCGAGAUCGAAUUCACGGACAUCAUCUCCUACAAAUUUCAUCUACAGCUUGAGCAUGUUGCUGGAGUUCGCGGCCUUCUUGUGGCUGAGGCACAAGAUGCCGGAGCUGCAGAUACCGUACAGGAUCCCGAUGAGGCUGUCGCUGUUGUGUGUGUUCUGCUUGAUUCCUGAAUCGAGCCACGUGGCCGCUCCAGUUUCCGCCGCAUUCUCAUCGGGUUUCCCACUCCUCUGCCGGCGGCGAGGAGCUCUCUCCUCCCGUUUCAACUCGAAACGGACGAAUCUGUCGCGCGGUGGCUCGGUCCGGAUCGGCCGCGCGGCGAGUCAUUGA